CAUUCCCCAACGGUCACACUCCAGCUACGGAUUGCGUGUGGGCCCAGGAAAGGAGCAGGCCCCGGCAGGAAGUGAUGUCAUGCGGCGGCAAGAAACCCCCAGAAGAUGCAGAAGGUUACACCGCCGAGCAGCGCUGGGAGCUGAGGAGCGAGGGCCAUGCAGAAGGAUUCUUUAUGACAGCGUGCCAGCUGAGGGAACAGCGGCAUCUUCUGGACGUGACGGUGACCUUGGGCCCAAGCAGCUACGAGGCACAUGGUAUCAUCCUGGCUGCCGUCAGCUCUGUCUUCCGGCAACGUUUAGAGCGCGGAGAGCAGGAGGUGCUGGAGCUGGACGGUGUGACCACAGCACACGGCUGGGAAGCCAUUUUGAAUUUUGCCUAUACCGGGCAAUUAGAAGUCAUGCCAGAGACAGCUGGCGAGUUGUUGGAUGCCGCAGAGGCGUUGGGUGUUCCUCGCGUUGCUGAGAUUUGCAAGGCAGUCUUGAUUGAGGCAGAGCCGGAGGAGAGGCCGAGUCCGUCCAAGGAGAAAUGGGAGACGCUGCGGAAGGUGGAGGAGCUGUACAAGGAAGGCGUUGGCUGUGACCUGGCCCUUAAAGCUGAGGGACAUACCUAUCAAGUUCACCGCCUCGCCUUGGCUUGUGGCAGCGAGUUCUUCCACGCCAUGUUCACCAGCGGCAUGAAGGAAUCCCGACAGGAGGACACACCCCUCUGCACCCGCUUCACCCUGACUGAUCUGGGCCUGGUCGUCUCCUUCGCCUACUCAGGUGUGGUGGCGGGCGGGUGGGAUGACCUCUUUGAUGCUGCCCAGGCAGCUCUGCAGUAUCAGGUCUCGGGCAUCUGGGCGCUCUGCUUAGACGUUUUCCGGCACGAGCUGUGCCCUGAAUCCAGCUUCGAUGUCCUCUCGUUCGCCCGUGCGUAUGGCCUCCACGAGCUGGAAAACACCGCAAGCGACUACGUGCUGAGGAACUUUGUUCGCAUCUCAGCCACGCCCAAGUUCUUGGAUCUUCCAGUCAACCAGCUGGUGGACAUCCUCAGCUCCGAUGCCCUUUAUGUCCUCAACGAACUAGAGGCCUUCCAAGGAGCCCUCCGCUGGCUGGAUGCCGACCGGGAUGGACGGAUGGACCGUGCCGAGACAGUAAUGCGCUGCAUCCGGUUCCCCUUGAUGUCCACUCGGGAGCUUAAGCAAGUGCGGGUGGUAGACAUGAUGGCGGCCCCGGGCCGCCUGUAUGACCUCCUGGUGGAAUCCCUAUCCAGUCUCCCUCCGGGUCCUUCCAAGAUGGAGCAGCUCCCUUGCCGGGUGAGGUACCCUGAGAAGGUGAUUGUCAUCAGCGGAGGGGACUGCCUGUCCAAGAACAUGGCCACUCGCAACCCCAGCGAGGACAUCUGGAUCUCCCACCGCUUCGUCAGCAGCAUUGGACUGGUGAAGCAAAUCGAGUGGCGCCAUCUUGGGGUACUCCCGGAAGGGCCACGUUUCCAGCACGCCGUGGCAGUCAAGGACAAUGUGAUGUACAUCCUUGGUGGGAAACACUACUACGGGACUGGGGAUUCCAUGCGCUCCGUCUUCAAGUUCGAUCCUUUCUGUGGGAGGUGGGAACGUCUGGCUGAUAUGACAAGCUUCCGGAGCUAUUUCCCGGCCGUCUUCCAAGAUGGGCUUCUGUAUGCGCUUGGAGGAAGUUCCAGAGAUGCCUACUGCUUCAACUCAGCUGAGUGUUACGAUCCACAUACCAAUGCUUGGAGAUCAUGUGAGCCUCUGCCGUCUGCUGUCUGUGGCCAUGCCGCCUGCGUCCUGGAUGGAUCCAUUUAUAUCUCUGGGGGCAGCGACGGCUCAUGCCGCUGCCUCUCAGUCCUGAUCCAGUAUCGCCCUGGGGGCCCAGCCAUCCCACGGGCCUCCAUGAUCGAGGAGCGAGCUGGCCACAUCAUGGAAGCACUGGACCGACGUCUGUACGUGGCUGGCGGCCUGCGAUGGCGGGACGGCCACGGCGGUUACGCUGAUCAACUGGCCUGCGAGGUGUACAACCUGGGCCAGGAUACGUGGGCUGCCUUCACUCCUCUGCCACAGGCCCACGUCAUCGCCGCUUCCACGGUCCUGCACGAGGAGCUCUACAUCCUGGGGGGCUACAGCCACAAUACCUACCGCGAUACCCACCUGAUCCACUGCUACAACCCAAACUACGACCGCUGGGUCAGCGUCGGGACCCUUCCUCAGGCCUACGCCGACCUCAGGGCCUGCAUUUUGGAAGUCCCUUCCUCGCUCAGGGCAAAGCAGCUCCCGCCCUCAAAUACCACCAUGUUGGAAAUCCCGGACGAUCCCUCCACAGAGUCCGCAGACCAGCUUUCCUGAUGUUCUUCAGUAAAGUAUCACCCGCUCAAAUGGCCACCUUUGCAGUAGACAGAGGCACUGCUUCGCACGUGCUUGACUUUCCUUCUAAUAAUCACACUUCGCAUUUACAUAGAGU